UCAAAUUAGUAGUGUUCUUUUUUCAGGAACUCUGGCUAGUGGCUAAGAUAUGGCAGCAACUAUAAAGACGCGGGUUUUUUUGUUGCUCCAAUUAAAUGUGUAGAUACUGCGUCCCGCUUGUGCAACUGCAAUAUCCGUUACAAUAGACUGCGAAGGUGGUGUAGCCUUCAUAAAAAUAAAUUGCUGCAGGGUUUUUAUUUCAGUUCGAAAAAAUGAGGCAGAUACAUAGGUUACACGAUCGUGGUUCAGAAGAGGGUGAGUAAAGAGAGAAACUUGAAGGGAGGGGGAGUGUGAGCAGCAGCCAAGGAGUGUGAGACAAAUAACAUGUGCGCAGAACGUGAUCAAGAUCCUUAGCUUUGAGAAAGAGGUUUCCUGUGGUGAGGGCAGAGGCAAAAACUCUGUAUUUGCCACAUUGACAAUGAUUCAUAGCAUGAGAUGGAGGUAUAUCACUAUUAAAUGAGUGUCAUUUUGAAGCUGUCAUAAUGGAAUGUCCUUAUAAUAUAUGCAAUUUUAGCAGACGCUUUUCUCGGUGACUUAGUCGAGCGUGCAAACAUGUAUGUACGGGUGCUCCCGGGAAUUGAACCCACUGCCUAGCGUUGCGUGCGCCAUGCUCUACCAGCUGAGCUACGUUGUGAAGUGUUCUUCCUGAAAAUUACACUGUGACACGUUCUAGCUGCCUGUAAACUGGAGAGAAACAAGUGGAAGUGCCCGAAGUUAACAAUGCUCUGUUUGUUAUGCUGUAGUAAUACAACCUGAUUACGCAACCUAGGGGUGUAAUGUUGGUUUAGCAUGAUUUAGGAGGACUAGACCAUCAAAUAAACAUACAGGACUUUGACUGGGUAAUAUAUUGUCGCUGGAAAUACCAACAUUCACAGAGUGAAGUAUUUAACCUCCAACAAUACAUUUUAAACAGCAGGGCUAGCCUUUAUUCAAACGUUCUAGUCUUGAGGAAGAUUUCCUAGAACUUUGACUGAAAUAGUCUCUAGACCUACACCUACAUUUUGUCCAGGUGCUUUUUGGUCAAUGAAUGGCUCAUUCACAUAAUCAUUCAGCUCUCUUUGGUUGGCACUAUUCCAGCAGCUCUUUAUUAUGUAAAAAUGUGUUUGUGAAGAACGAAAACACGGGUUAAUGUAAACCUCCUUGAACUGCUUUGGCUCUGGCCCCCGUUCGCAGCCACAUUGUGUCUAUCCAAGGAAGUUGUUCAUUGUCAUCUGAUUUCAGCUAGUCUAGCCCUUUGCCGGUUUUAUUGUACUGCUAUGCCCCUGCUCCUGACUAAAUGCGCAAACCACCCCCCUUUCUCCCACACUGCAGGUUAGGACAAGUCUCCUCUCCCCAGUCUACAGUGUCGGGAGGUGGGACUCGGUGGGGGGGAUGUGUACCAGUGGUGUUCCAGCCAGCUCCAGCCAUGGGGUUAGCCGGUCGGGCUCCUCGUAUGCCCUGUGUGCCCUUGGGGUCGGGCUCAUAGCCCUGGGCAUCGUCAUGAUUGUGUGGUCAAUGGUUCCCGGGGAUGCUACCCAGACAACCAAGACUCCAGGCAACUCCAGUAUAACAGUGCCAGCAGACCAUGGUGAGGAUGGGGAUGGCGAGGAAGACAAGGAAGCAGCGAAGACCUUAUCAAUAGCCUAUGUGCUGGUGGGGGCAGGGGUGGCCAUGCUGCUGCUGUCUAUCUGCCUGGGGGUGAGGAACAAGCGGAGGAAGCACCAGAGAAGACAAGAGACACAGGCCGUAGGAGUCCGCUUCGUGGACCAUGUGGCUGGGGAGGCAGGAGAGAAUUUAGAUGAGCCAGUCCCAGUCUACAACGUGCCCAGCUAUGAUGAGGCGGUCACCAGUGGCCAGUUCCCCAUCCGCCAGAGCAACUUACGCCAGAGCAACUCCCAGCUGCCUUCCUACGAGGACCUCAUCUGUGCUGUGGAAAACGAGGGGGAGGGACCAAGUGCUGCCCCAGUUAAGGAGGCUCAUCCUAGCAGUCCCACUCCUGAGCCCCAGCCCGCCGCUGCAGCCAACCCCCACAGUGUAGGCCGGGCCAGCCGGAUACUACGGCCCAACAGGGUACGCAGAAUCAAGUCUGAGAAACUCCAUCUGAAGGACUUUCGUUUUAACAUUCGCAACCCUACUGAUGCGAAGGUGACCAUUGAACCAAUCACUCCGCCACCACAGUACGACGGCAAGAUACCUGAGUUCUGACAGCGCCACCUAUAGCCUGGGAGUACUAAAAGCAUUGUUUCAAUGUUGAGUAAGACAACACUAUUGCUGGAUCAGAUGUCUAAUAAUAAUAAUAAUGAGGCCUAGCUGUGAGUGUUCCUCCUUCACCCUGAGGCAGACCCAGACAUUGUUGCUUUGAAUCAAGUUGUUUCUCAGCUCCAUUUUGACUCGUUUAUAGACUUAUUUAUUCAGGGGCUUAUUUUCCUCUCUGUUUAGAACACGGUGGCUGUGUUUUUAACUAUCGCCCUACAGAAGGCUUGACGGGGUGCUACGCCACUGCUUAUAACUUAAAUUAUCCAACUCAGGGAGCCAGCUAUGCAUUUUGUUUGCUAACUUGCUAAGUGGCUGGCUUGCAAGUUCAAGCUUCUUGGUUAUAGCAGACAGUCAAUACCCUCCUGGAUCAAGAUCCCUGCUACCUAAAUUUGUUUUGUGCGUCAAAAUUAUAUGAUUUCAAAUGACUUUUUUACAUUGGGAAAGAACUAGUACCCCUUGUGUGCACUGCCGGUAAUACUGUAUAUCACGGUAUGGUACAGGAAUGGUGUGAAGGUAGGAACCUGGAUACCGCACAACCCUGCCCUGCAGGACACACUGCACCAAAUACCCUAGUUUCAGACUCCUAAUGAUCCUUACACCUCUGAAGCCACUUCCAUACCUGUCAAAAUAACUUAUCUCUGAACUCUCAAUAGCUGUUUUUCCACCAAGUUUUAGAUAAGGGGAAUAAUGGGGUGUUAACACUGGAGAUCCUGACCGCCAGUGUGACACCCCCCCCUCCCUUUUCUCUGCAUAAGUGAGCUUGGCCCUUCUUCUUCUUCGGUCUGCUGAUGCAAUCAGGUCCUCAAACACAGGGGAGCGCCAGGGUGGGGAAGUUAUUAAAAAGGCAUCGGGGUCCUCUGGGUCUGUCGCCACAUCAGACAUGAUGCCUUCAGUUGACCCCACAAAUCAAUGCUUCCUUUCAGCAGAGUUCUUUUGACCGACUGUCUUGAAAAAAAAUAAAAGCGCAAGUCUCAACUUUUAAAAACUCAGUACUGUAUUUAAAAUGUAUGGAUUGGUUCACAUUUAUAAACUAACCCGUCUCUGGCGACGCAGUCUUCUCUUUUGUAUGUUCCGUUCCUUGGCUCCAUCUGGGGUCUCUGACGACUUAUGCAUCUCUUUCAGUCCAACACCGAUUUGCAGCUGCAUCUGAGGUGACAGUGUGGUCUGUUAGCAAUGGCUAUAUGCUUCAAAAUCCUUGAAAAAAGGAUCAAAUGUAGAAUAUUGUUGCAGUCAGUCCAUGUCUUCGUAGGACUACUCACUUUCAUAUUCUACCAUGCGCUACUCUCCAUCUGUGUACCUUCCUCUCAGCUGACUGACCAGCGGACAGUACACAGGUGUUGUGCGGGGCGGUUGUUCCUGAGACAUUAGUUGACAAAGAAAAGUUCAUGCAUGAUAUUUGCACUAACACUUAACGUAACAUAUUUGAGAAUGCUAAAAUAACCAACAUACAAGAACCUGAUUGCUUGGUUGGACCCCUCCCCCCCCCAAAAAAAACAUUCCAAGUCAUAAGUGAUCACAUUUGUCUUCACUUUUCUUGCGGCUUAUACUACAUUUGUUCUCCUCACCAGCAUUAAUGUGUAGAUCCCUUACUGUCCGCUAUUAAUUAAAACAGAAAAGAGCAUCAUUAGUAAAUAUUCAAUGGUAGCUACCACCAGUGUGCAAGUUGCAAAAGUAAACAUUGAACUUACGGAUAGCUCAUUCUAUUUUGCCUGACGAACGCCCGUCAUCCUUUCAGGUGCAGAAGUGCUUAGCUGUAGCUGCUGCUGUUGUUGUUGGAAUAGCUAGUUGAGCUACUUGUGUCAUCAGUCUAUCGUCCAUAUCAGCCACCAUGUUGUAGACCGGCAUCUGAUUCAGCCUGGUUAUGACAUGAGUUGUUGGAAAUCCAUGCCCUCAUUUGGUGAUGCAUCAUUCCUUUGCACAAAGAGACUUCCGGCAGGUCCCAAAAACGAAUUGUAUCAAUAUAUUUUUUUUUAAUCAAUAGCCGCUUGUCUCCUUUGCUGUAUUUUACUAGGCUUGGUUAGCUAGCUAACGUUCAAUAGCUACCAAGCUAUCCGUUCUUCCGCCAACGUUGGAAAGCUAACGUUAGCCAACUGCUUUGGAAGAUUUGUAGCUAGCUAGUUCAUUUUACUUGCCAGCAAACAGUAGCUUGUUCUUGUCAACAAAAAUCCAUGUAACAUGAUCAUGUUAAUGUUAGUUAUUGACUACAUUGCUACUGUAGCUAUCUCUGCCAAUGUUAUAGCUGCUACAGUGCCAGCAAGCAGAGAUAGCUAUGCUAGCUCAAUUUAUUUCAAAUAUGUUAUUUGUCACAUGCGCCGAAUAUAACACCAAACCGUGAAAUGCUUACUUACAAGCCCUUAACCAACAAUGCAGUUCAAGAAAUAGAGUUAAGAAAAUAUUUACUUAAUCAACUAAAGUAAAAAAUAAAAUAUAAAGUCACACAAUAAUAAACAGUGAGUAGUAGUGAUGUAAAAACAAAGGGCGAGGUGUCAAUGUAAAUAGUCUGGAUGGCCAUUUGAUUAAUUGAUCAGCAGUCUAACGGCUUGGGGGUAGAAGCUGUUAGCGAGCCUUUUGGACCUAAACUUGGUGCUCCGGUACCGCUUGCCGUGCGGUAGCAGAGAAAACAGUCUAUGACUUGGGUGACUGGCGUCUCUUGACAAUUUUAUAGGCUUUCCUCUGACACCGCCUAUUAAAUUGGUCCUGGAUUACAGGAAGCUUGGCCCCAGUGUUGUACUGGACCGUACGCACUACCCUCUGUAGUGCCUUACGGUCAGAUGCAGAGCAGUUGCAAUACCAAGCGAUGAUGCAACCUGUCAGGAUGCUCUCGAUGUUGCAGCUGUAGAACUUUUUGAGGAUCUGGGGACCCCUGCCAAAUCUUUUCAGUCUCCCGAGGGGGAAAAGGUGUUGUCGUGCCCUCUUCACAACUGUCUCUGUGUGUUUGGACUAUGAUAGUUUGAUGGUGAUGUGGACACCAAGGAACUUGAGACUCUCAACCCGCUCCAUUACAGCCCCGUCAAUGUUUCUUGACAGUCUCAUUUGGAAUGUUGUGGCUGUGGGCUAUAGAGUACUCGCAGUACCAUUUAUAAAUGUUAUCCCUAACCAUUUACAUGGCAUGGUGCGACGAGUACAAAUUCCCGGCAGUUGUUCAUUGUUAGUUACAUGAGUAUAUUUUUUCUAAUGACCGCCAGUAGAAAAACACCCUCCCAUUGAAUUGUUGUGCCUUGAACUGGUUGAGAUGGCUGCGUUUUCAAAUCACAUGAAUUUGAUUGGUCAUUUUCAACCGUCACACCCUCAUCUGGUAUUGUUCGUUUAAUUGGAUUAUUUACCUUUCAAUCACUAUGCCCAUGCAUUUUAUUGGCUGAUGAGUUUGAGCCAAUGUUUUAUGAAAUUACAGUUCCGGUCCCAUCAAAACUGAAACUCUGAUACAUGGUACAUGGUCGCUCCAGCAGAGACUUUUUUUUCCUGGUUCAUAUACAAAUAGACCAGACCCAGCUGCUAUCGCAUUAGUGUCUGUGAGAUAGCCACCCCUUAGGUAGACUUGAACUGUGGCUAAUAAAUUAAUUAAAAAAUCCUACAAUGUGAUUUUCUGGAUUUUUUUUCUAAUUUUGUCUGUCAUAGUUGAAGUGUACCUAUGAUGAAAAUGACAGGCCUCUCAUCUUUUUAAGUGGGAGAACUUGCACAAUUGGUGGCCGACUAAAUACUUUUUUGCCCCACUGUAUAUCAUCCAACGAAGUGCUUACUUGCAGGUUCCUUCUCGACAAAGCAACAACAAUAAGAAAUAAUAAAAUAUAAGAAUACGAACAUAAAGUAAAUGGCAGUAGAAUAUAAUACAAAUUUAGCAUAAACAGGGGCGCAACUUAAUUUGUUUUAUCCAGCCGUAUAAACACUCCAAACAGUCUACCCGACCACCCUGAGGCGUCCGCAUUAUCCUAAAGCACAGCGUUGCCUCAUUUUGUAUCACAUUCCAAUGAUAAAACUGGGGGGGGAAAUGCAAUUUCGGAAUGUCCCCAGUACUCCCCUGAGCAUAAGUAGAAUACAGUUCUGAAACUGUCUCUGAGGCUGUUGGUAUCCGUCCUCAUGCUCUGAUACCAUCUGCCGACGGUAAGGGAGAUAAACGCUCAUGGCUGGUGUGUGUGGGGUCCUAGAUGAUGCUGCGUGCCUUCCUUAGGCACCGCUUCAAGUAGAUGUCCUGUAUGGGUGGGAUCACAGUCCCAGUGUUGUACUGGGCCAUCUUCACCGGCUGGAGGGCCUUGCUCUUGUGGACGGAGCAAUUCCCAUACCAGGUCAUGAUGAAACCAGUCAGGACACUCUCGAUGGUGCAACGGUAGUAUUUGGAAUGCAGAUUACUCCAUCAUAAACCGGACGGACAACCAUGUACUGCAACGUCAGACUGAAGUUAACAAAAUGCAAGGCAGUAUGUGGACACAGGCGAAGACCAAGGCAGAGAGGAAAACAAUAAAGACUGAAACUGGGGCCAGAGCUAUUUAAAUUGACACAUUUCAUCCCCAUAGACAUGGCUGUCGUGGACCAUAUGCAAAAUAUUUUACUGGGGACAGCAAAACACGUUUUUACCGUCUAAGAAUAUUGGUGUGCUGAAUGAUGUAAUACUAAGAAAUAUACAGCUUAAAGUUGAUGCCCCGAAAGCACCUUCAGACAUGGGCCAACUACCCGCGAAAAUCUCUAAUCUCCUCUGGGUUUUCUCAUUUCAAUGCACAAGAAUGGAAAAAUUGGACAUGUGUUUACUUCCUAUUCACUCUGAAGGGACUUGAACGACAGCAGGUAGCCUAGCAGUGUCUUUCAAGUCCCUUCAGGCUGAACUGAAAAGGUGGCUGGUUUGAAUCCCCGAGCCGGCAAGCUGAAAAAUGUGUCUGUGCCCUUGAGCAAGGCACUUAACCCGAAUUGCUCCAGGGUCGCCGUCAAUAAUGUCUGAUCCCUGCUGUUUGUCAUAACAAGUGAAGAUGGUAAUGAUAUGUUUGUCUUCACAUUCAUGGAUCCAAACACCAUUGUACAGCUGACAGAACGACAUUAAAAGGUAGACAUGCUGGGGAGAGGUCAUAAGCACUGAUCAAAGUAGAAGUUUUUCCGCUCAUCACUCACUUACUUGCAAAGUGAUUCUUCGCUGACAGAUGGGCCUACCAUGCUUUCAACCAGAUGUAGAGCUAACACCGGGCUUAGUAACACAGUUGUUCUCUUGUCGUGUGUGCUUGUUGGUCCAGCAUAUGAAAUCACACAUGGCUCGUGUAAAUUGGUUCGAGAAACAUCUGAAUCAAUAUCAUUUCAAGCCCCGUGUUGAGGUACAGGGACAAGGCAUCGGAAUCUGUAUCAGAGGCAUAGUUUAUGCCAGUUCAGAGAAUUAUGAAGAGUUGUGCAUAUCGGCAGUAUAAAGUACAGUUUGCCAGGACUACAGAGACAGUGGCUGUGGUAGUACCAGUUUCAAGCAGGGCUGCUUUUGAGGCAUUAGAUAUUUUUUUGUUUAGCCUUUAACCAGGCAUGUCAGUUAUUAAGAACAAAUUCUCAUUAGGCUACUUGGAAGUGAAACUAUAAGACAUCAAGGGACCUACCAGUGGGAGUUUUGAGAGCAGAGCUACUGUUUAUUUAUUCAUUUGUAGCGGUAUUUAAAAAUACAAAUAUAUAUUAUUCAUUGUUUGUGUUUAUUUCAGAAAGUGUAUCAUACUUUUUAUACGUUUUAUUGUCUGUUUUGUAUAUGGAACUUUGCAUUGUACUGUGAAACUGAUUGUGUUAAAAUCCCAUUUGUCAACCAGCCUUUUUAGCUUGGCCUUUAAUCAGUUACGCUUUUGUUUCAUGUUCUUUGAUAACAUGUGAUCUCUUAUAUUGCCGUGCUUGUUUCUUAAUUUGAUUGUUUUAAGUGUUUUACUAUUUUAAAUGCACUUCAAAUAAAGUUUGAAUUGAAGUUUGA